AUGUCGUUUUCACCUCAUAAUGAUGAUUAUUCUGACCUUGAGAGACGUCUCAGAGAAUUAAGGAAAUCAAAUAACAAUAUUGAAACUGAAGAAGAAUUGUCAGCAAGGUUUACAAACCUUUUUGGUCGUCAAAUAACUGUUGAAACAAAAGAGGUGAUAAAAGAUAGAACCUAUAAAUUACCUGCAGAAAAUGUGUUGAAUGACGAGGAGAUCGAACAAUUAUUGCUAUCCGAAGAGAAUUUAUUAGAUGAUGAAUCAUUAUUUUCUAUUCCACAUCAAAAGAAAUUAGACAGCAUUGUUUCGAGAUUUUUGGGUGAUAAUGAUGAAAAUAAUCGUGAAGAUGACAUAGUAGCUUCAGAUCUUAUACAUCAAAUACAAGAUGAUGUUUAUCUAGAAAAUAAGUAUGGUAAUGAAGGAGACAAAAAUAUAUCAGACUACAACGAUUUGGAAGAAAGAUAUAGAUUGUUAAAAGAAAGUGGCGUAAAAUUAUCUUCAAUUAGUAGUGAAAAGGUACACGUUAGCCCAUUAGGUCCUCCACCAAAGCCCUUGGAAUUAUCUGAGUUUGAAGAUGAUGAUGAUCCGGAUACUUGGUGUUGUAUUUGUAAUGAAGAUGCAGUAAUCAAGUGCCGAGAUUGUGAUGAUUUAUAUUGUCAAGGAUGUUUUCAAUAUGGCAAGUUGUAA